ACUCCUCUCCUCCUCUCAGGUGAACCAGGAGAGGAUGAAAGCACCACAGAGAGUCCAUCAUCCCCCCUCCUCGGCCCCCAAGGGCUCGGCCCCGCAGUCAAGGGGCCUGUGGCCUGCCAUGAACAUGCAGGAUGUGGAGAGGCGAGGUUCGGCCCAGCAGGACCCAGAGUCCCAUGAGAAGCUGGCCCAGCGCAUUGAGAAGGACGUGCAAAUCCUGAACUGUUCCCUGGAUGACAUUGAGUUCUUUGUGGCUCGGCUGCAGAAGGCUGCAGAGGCCUUCUCUCAGCUCAACCAGCGCAACAAGAGUAAGAAGAUGAAGAAGAAAGGCCCGGCAGAGGGAAUGCUGACCCUGAGAGCUAAGCCCCCCUCUGAGGCAGAGUUCAUUGAUAGCCUACAGAAACUUUAAGCUGGCUUUC